UUAAUUUAUAUAUUUCUUUAGAGCCUGAUGUUGCUGAUACGGGGAAAUAAUCUGGGCACUUAUUAACGAUGAUUAAGAGAAAUUACAAUUAAAAUAAUCGUAACAAUGAUUUCGAUCGCAACGUUUAAUUUCUGCAAUUCUCCAACUGUGCACAAUUACAGCGCACAUGCAGCCUAGAAUUAUUGCAUGAUAAAGUUGGCAGCUACCCUAACACAUUAGCAGAUAAUUACUGUAUUUAUAUUGAAAUCUUUUAAUGAAAUUCAUUCUCAUCAACAAAUGUAUUCUCGUUGAUAUUCUUUAAAGUGAACGUUGAGCUGUCUAGAGAAAUUGCAACCUCGGCAAAGAAUAAAACACAGGAAAAAGUCGCGCUGUUUUAUUCAUUUUCUAUGCAGUAGUUAAAGCAGUAGCCAUUAAAGCAGAUAGAUUCUCGUGCUUGUAAAAUGAUAAUAAGAGGAUGGAAUAUAGAGUUUUCAUUACGUCACUUGUAUAAUUAAUCGAGAGAAGAUUUAUAAAAGAUAAUCAAUACUAUAUCAUUUUGUUUUUGGUACUUUUUAAACAAAAGUUUAAGAGUUAAAAAUAAAACUUUGAAAAUAUAGUGAACUAGAAAGUAAACUAGAAAGUGUUUUCUAUCAGUGUACACACACACACACGCACACAAACACACAGCAGUUUUCAUACUAUUUACACUAUUUAAUAUUGUUUUAUAUUUUGCAGAAAUUAAUAUUUUCUUAAUAUAAUAAAAAAUAAACAUCUGAGAAAUUGGACAUCAAAACUUACAGAGUAGAUUACAUUUUUCCUUUUUUUUCCUUUUGACAUGUGUUAUUUAUACAAAGUAUUUACAAGUUUCCAGAAGCCUUUCACUUUGAUAUGAAAAUCUUUUUACUGAUUAUGCAAAUAUUUUAUGUUGUUCUGCGACACAAUAUGUAGCGCAAAUAUAAAGGUUUUUCACAUAUAUGUAUUACAUAUAUGUAUAUAAUAUAUAUUAUUAAAAAAAUAAAGGAGUAUACAUAAAAAUUAACUUAGAUUUGUUUUUAGUACAUUUUAUAUUAAAAAAAUUUAAGAAUGUAUGAAUUAUAAGUUUCUAUUUUUAUAAUUAUUUAAACAGAUUACGUUUUUAUAAAUAUUAUUACAGUAUAAUGUUUAACUUUCUGAGAAAUAAAGCGGCGUCACUUUAAGAGAUCUAUGCCAACAUUGGCGACCUUCAUCUACUAAUCUGCAUAUUACAUCAGCUUGUUACGAUAAACGAUGAAAAUAGAACGGAAGAAUUGGCGCUUAAGUCCUAAGAAUGUUGUGUAAAAAAUUAAUUACUCUCUCUAAGAACUAGAGAAAUUUAUAUCGAAGGUAUGCGCAAUGCAAUUGCAAUAGGCGUGUCUUAAUGCAUUGGAAGAAUAAUACGUCAUCGUAAAGUACGUGAAGCAUAAAGAAUAAUCGCGCGAUGUAAAAUAAAGCGUUUAAAUUCUUAAACAAGUAUUUUAGCGCGAGCGCAUUGUAAUGCACUCGCCAUUGAAGUCACCGCUUAUUCGUCUUUGCCGAGCAUUGAAAUCUCUUUCGUUGCCAGACAGUAAUUGCACUUAAACGGCGUGUGAACGCCAGACGUUUGGAGUCCGCGUUGAAUUCGAAUCGCGCAUUUCUUUUUCUCUUUGUCGGGCCACUUUAUUCCCGUGUUCGGAAUUAUUAUUCAUCAUCACUCACAAUUGCGUACCUCUAAACAGUUAUUAUUAAAUAUUAUUGAGGGUUUCGUUUUUAGCUUUAUAUUAUAUUUUCAAUCGUAUAAUCCUUAAUUGAUUGUAACGGUUAAUUCUUUUACACGAUCUUAUCGCGACGAAAUACGAACUCGAGCACGCGAUUUUGAACUUCCGCGUACUAAUGCUAGAAUCAAUGGCGAUCCCUUUCACGUAAAACGGAAGUUAUGAGCCAAAACCGACACUUCAAUUCGUAAUCGCCAUUUGCGAUAUCAAAUCUAACAGUGAAAUGAUAGCGGAGGGAUUAUUUCGAAUCGUCGAAGGACGCCGUGCUUGCCUCUCGCUGCGCGCUAAAGUCCCUUUGCAAAUUUGAAGAUAAUAAAGACGCUUGUGUCAUGCACGAACAAUGCGUCAUAAUGAACGCGGCAGCAUGAUACCAUUGAAGCGCAUAAAUGAAACGUUCGCUCGUCGCCCGGUUCGCGGCAGCAAAAAUGCGAACAACGCCGCGCUGGCGGCGGAUAUACAUGGGAAAAGCAAUAUUAUUAAACGAUUAAAAAAUCGCAGCAACUACACCUACGGCCUUGCGCUCACCGGGACGGUCCCUUUCUCGUCCCACUGACCGGUGGUCACGGACGACAUUAUGAAAAGGAAUACGCAUACAUUAUCGAUCCCCCCCUCUCCCCCAUGUCUCCCAGCUGCGAACGUUCAGCUACGACAUCUUUGGACCGGAAUAAUAAGUUAGUAAUUAUUUCGGAUAAUCGGUAUAUUAUGUUAUUCGGAUAUUUAUGGCUUUACCGAUGUAACAGAACCGUAGGUUUUUACGCUGAGGUUUUUGUGAGCACUUCGACAGUCAACGUCCAUAUGUAUGAGUAGUUAAAUGAAGUAUUACGUUUCCGUUAUGUGUCGGGACACUCACGAAGUGUGACAUGUGAACUCUAAAAACACCUCUGGGGAAACAUCUUUUAACCGCGCGAUCGCUGUAUGCCGUAAAUGAUUAGAAUUGUAUUUCGCGCCUCUUCCUCAAGAUAUAACACGUAGUACUCUCCGCUCUAUGCCGAGGUCGCCACAAUUUUUAUAGUUAGAAACCAAAAAUUCUCCCCUCCUCCUAGGGGAUUCCCGCCAGCGCUCGUGUCAUUCUUUAUCUUUGUGCCGAGAUAGUCACAUCGCCAGUGCAUUUUCAAGGAAAAAAUAAGGAAAAAAUGGGAAAAAGGAAGCACAAGAGCUCACGUUCAGACGAUGAAUCCAAGGAAAAUAAAGUAAACAAAAAAAUGAGGCGUUUAUCGAAGGAAUUAAGGAAAUUAAAAAACAUAAUACAGAAAGGUACAAGAAACAAUGAGUCAAAGGCAGAGAACCGGGGUCAACAAGAAUCAACUAAAAAAGCAGACUUGAGGAGUUUAUCGAGAAGCCCCUCAUGUACUCCUCCAAAUUCUCUGUUAGAAUUUUUGGAGGAUUAUCAACACUCGCCUUUGACAAAUGACGAGAUCAUGGUUAACCCAACGAAAGUUAAUUCAGCGGUUGUAAUGCAAAACCAUGAUCCCAACGGUGUUGCUACAACGCAAUCAAACAUCUCUAAUGAAGGUCAACUGACACCUAAGGCCGGAGAAAAUUCAGCUCCUCCAAAUAACCAGGAAGCUGACGUUUCCACACAGGGAAACGAGGUCGUCAUCGAAGACCUGGACAUAGAAAUUCUAGAAGCUAUCGGCAAACGAGUAGCGGAAGAUAGAGUGCUAGCUCCUUCAAUUCCAAAAAGCAUCGCCGUUCGAUUGGAGGACAUUUUAAAAAAAGGUCUUCCAAAAGAAGAAAAGGAAAAAUUAAUAAAGGAACACGCACCACCAAAAAAUUGCACAUUGAUAGAUCCUCCCAAAUUAAAUGACGAAAUUAAAGUUUCUGUAAUGGAAACAACCACGAAAAGGGAUGAUCGCAUAAUAGAAAAGCAAAAAAAAAUUACAGCUUGUCUUGCCCUAAUGGGAAGUGCCAUAGUGGAUAUCAUUAACAGUAAUAAAACAGAGAGAGAAAAUCCAAAAUUACCCCCCACUCAAAUUGAAUUAAUUAAGAAGAUCAGCGAGGCUACUCGAUUAUUAGCAGAUCUGCAGAGAGAUGAGACCCUGACUCGCAGGAGCCUAAUCCUUGCUGUCAUUAAUAGCUCUCAGAAGGAAGUCUUACAAUCAUCAACGGCGGAUGAAUGGCUCUUUGGCCAGAAGUUGGGCGAUCGUUUAAAGGCGGCAAAAUCAAUUGAACGAUCGAGUAAGGAUCUGAAGGCGAACCCUAAAAACACUAAGAAAACAAAAAACUUCAAGGCCCCGCCUCGACGUCAACCCUUCAAACCCAAGACGUCAGGCGGGUAUCGAAACAAAAGUUACAAUCGAAACCAUCCCAACAAGAAAAAUUGGGGAGGUCAGAACGAGGAAAAUCGCAGCAGUCCCAAAUCACAAACUCCAGCACAACAGAAGAAAUCACAAAAUUAAGUGACGUAAGUAGACCGGCGGGUAGAUUAAAAUUUUACCUAGAAGAAUGGAAAGCUUUAACUACCGAUUCCAGAAUUCUGGAGUGGAUAGAGGGAUAUAAAAUUCCUUUUGCUCGUUCAGUAUUUCAAAAUACAAAUCCAAAAGAGCCCAUGUGGUCCUUAACAGAGAAAAACACAAUUAGAGAACACAUUAAGCAAUUAAUUUCAAAAGAAGUAGUAAGUAAAAGCCAUUCACAAAAAAAUCAAUUCCUAUCUAGUAUUUUUUUGAUUCCAAAACCGGAUGGCUCAAGUAGAUUAAUUCUUAACUUGAAAAAAUUAAAUAAAUUUAUUGACACGGAUCACUUUAAAAUGGAGGAUUAUAAGAUAGCGAGUAAAUUAGUAAGUCACAACUGUUAUAUGUGUAGAUUAGAUCUCAAAGAGGCUUAUUACACGAUCCCCAUUGACAAAGGUUAUAGAAAAUACUUGAGUUUUUUAUUUGAAGACAAACUUUAUGAAUUUAAUUGCUUACCGUUUGGCCUUAAUACGGCCCCAUAUGUGUUCACAAAAAUCAUGAAACCGGUGAUAAGCUAUCUAAGAAGUUUGGGAAUUUUAUCGGUAAUUUAUCUUGAUGAUUUACUUCUAUUAGGAAACACAUACGCAGAAUGCUUAAAGAACGUAAACACAUCUGUGGAACUGUUAGAAAGGUUAGGUUUUAUCAUUAAUGAGGAAAAAAGCUGUAAGAUUCCCUCUCAGAGCUGUAAAUUCCUUGGCUUUGUAUUAAAUUCACAAAAAAUGACAUUAGAAUUGCCACCAGAAAAAAGAUAUAAGAUUCGAGAUCGAAUUAGAGAAUUCAAAAUAAUGAAAAAAUGUAAAAUUAGAGAUUUAGCACAGUUAAUAGGAUUAUUAGUAUCAGCUUGUCCAGCCAUUAAAUAUAGUUGGACACAUAUCAAAAACUUUGAAAGGGAAGAAUAUUUAACCCUGCUAAAGACCGAUGGCAAUUAUGAUACAGUUAUACAAUUAAAUCAGGAAUUACAAGAAGAUUUUUCGUGGUGGGAAUCAAAUGUCUUACAUAGAGUUUCAAAUAUUGCUACUCAAAAAUUUAAUCUGGUCAUUUUUUCAGAUGCUUCCCUGACAGGUUGGGGAAUUUCAUGUGAGAAUAUUAAAACACAUGGACAUUGGAAUGAAGCCGAAAAGCUGCAUCAUAUAAACUAUUUAGAACUUUUAUCAGCUUUCUUCGGACUUAAAUGUUUUGCCAAAGAACUUAAAAAUUGCAGUAUCUUAUUAAGAAUUGAUAACACCACUGCGAUUUCAUAUAUAAAUCGAAUGGGCGGUAUUAGAUUCAAAAAACUUAGUGAUCUCGCAAAAGCUAUAUGGAAGUGGUGUGAAGAACGCGAAAUAUUUGUCUUCGCAUCCUACAUUUCUUCGAAAGAAAAUGUGGAAGCUGAUUUAGAAUCUAGAAGAUUGAAUAACGAAACGGAGUUUGAGUUAUCAAAUGCAGCUUUUCGGAAAAUUACUAAUACAUUUGGUUAUCCCGAUAUAGACUUGUUUGCAACAAGAAUUAACGCGAAAUGCAAAAAUUAUGUCUCAUGGACAAGAGAUCCGGAUGCUAUGGCAGUCGACGCUUUUACUAUAAGCUGGAACAAAUUUUUUUUUUUACGCAUUUCCACCAUUUGUGUUAAUUAUUAAAGUUUUACAAAAGAUAAAAUCUGAAAGAGCAAGAGGGAUAAUUGUAGUGCCAGAUUGGCCAACACAACCAUGGUACCCCUUGUUCGCCUCAAUGCUAAAAACGGAACCGUUAAUAAUUAAACUCAAUAAUAAAACUUUACUUUCACCUGACAGGAAGCCACAUCCUCUGUGGAAAUCUCUUACCCUGGUGGCCGGGAAAUUAUCAGGAGAGCUUUCAUGGCAAAGGGCAUUCCGGAGAAAUCCAUAACGAUUUCUAUAGCUUCCUUAAGCGACUCUUCCUUAAAACAGUAUGAUUACGCAUUAAAAAAAUGGUGGUUAUAUUGUAAGGAAAAAAAUUUGCCCAUUUAUGACGCAAAAAUAGUAGAUGUAGUAAAAUACUUAACCGAAGAAUAUGAUAAGGGAGCGUCUUACGGUUCUCUAAAUAGCAUGCGAUCGGCCAUUUCACUGAUUAUAGACCCGGAGGUAGGACAGAAUGAAAUUAUUAAAAGAUUCUUUAAAGGAAUAUCAAAGUUAAGACCCCCGGAACCAAAAUAUGAAUCCACAUGGGAUCCAGGAAUAGUCCUUGAUUAUUUUGGAGACUUACAAAAUGAGGACUUAACCCUAGAUUUGUUAAGUAAAAAAUUAAUAACAUUGCUAGCACUAGUAACAGGUCAUAGAAUCCAGACCUUAUCUUUAAUAGAUAUAAGAAACAUAAUUGUUAAAGUUAGCUUAAUAGAAAUUAAAAUUCCGGAGAGAAUUAAAACUUCUAAACCCGGGAGAAGUCAGCCUGUACUAAUUUUACCGUUUUUUAAGAAAAAUCCGAACAUUUGUCCAGCAAAAACUCUUCAAUGUUAUCUCAAAAGGACCGAAAAUCUUAGAAAAAACAUAACAGUCCUAUUUAUUUCGUUCAAAAAGCCUUUCAAAAAAGCAUCGACGCAAACACUUAGUAGAUGGGUAAAAGAUGUUUUACGUGAAAGCGGUAUAGAUACAGAUAUUUUUUCAGCGCAUAGUACAAGACACGCUUCUACCUCUGCCGCGAAGCGCAAAGGUAUUAAUAUCGAUGUAAUAAGGAAAUCAGCAGGUUGGACCGAAAACUCAUCUACGUUUACUAAAUUUUACGAUAGACCCUUAGUUCAAGACGUAAGAAUGUUUGGUCGUGCGAUAUUAGACAGA